AUGCAUCGCGCCUCGGGCGACCUGAGCGAUCCGGAUCGCAACCUCGCGGAGUCCACCGAUGAUACAUCUGAAGAAUCCCCAGAGACCAUGUCACUCGAUCUCAUCACCGAAGAAUCCAACGAGAACUACAACCGGAUACACACUCCCCCACCACGCAUCGCAGCCCGCGUCUACCACCCCGCAAACAGCCGUCGCAAAUCCUCCGCUGCCUCGUCCCGGCGCAACUCCAUCUCCUCCGCCCACUCGAAUUCACACUCCGCUCGUCAUGGCAGCAGCGGUCCCCUUAACCAGAGCAAUUACAUCGCGCAGCACCUGCGCCGCGCGUCCAUCCUCGAGGAUCGGAAGGCGAGGUUGGCGGAUAGAGCCGCUCAUGCGGAGAAGGUCCGUUUGAGGGCCGCCCUGGCGAAGGCAGCCCCUAGGAGUACGACGAAUAGCGAGGAGAGGGCUUUGGCCGCCCAGCAUGCGAGGGAGAAAAAUCUAGCUGAGAUAGUGGCGAGUUGUGCGGAGGAGGUGAAGAGGGCGAAGGCGGUGGCGGAGAGCUGCAAGGAGAGGAGGGAGAUGGAGGGGAAGAAGUUGAGGAGGGAGUUGAAGGAGAGACUUGCGGAGGCGGAAAAGCGGAGAGAGGAGUUCCUUCAUAGGGUUAAUGCGAAGAGAGGGCGCUCCCUGAGUUCUCCCAGGAAGAGUCCGUCUCCUGCGAAGAAGCACGCGGGAAUCUCGGAGGAUGUGGCGGCGACGAGGAUCCAGAGGAGAUGGAAGAUUCAUCAGCGGUGGAAGGCGCUCAAGGAGUUCUCGGACCUGGGCUUGACUAUCGAUACCGUGCGGGAGACGUCGUUCGAGCAGGUUACAGAUUUACUGGCGCAGGAAGGUGUCUUGGUGGGCACUGCAAAUAUAUUGAGGCUCUGUGGGCUCAAGGAGGGUGAGAGUGGCUCCGUCAAUGAAAUGACCGCCGUCCGAACCUUUCUGAGUGCGUUCCUUAUCUUGGGACACCCGACCCAGGUGCUCAGCGGCAAGGUCGACAGCCGAGAACAGGAGCAGGUGGGAGUAUUGCCAAUGGGUUUAGAUGAUCUGGCUAAUCCGCAGCUGCAGGACCUUGUUGGAAAGGCUCGAGAUCUGCUAAUCUGUUUUGAGAACGUCCUGUCGCGAUUGUCUGCUGCGAACAAUUAUACCGCUCCUCCGCCAGAGCUUUCAAACCUGUCGGAGGUCUACGCUGCAUUCUUUAAUGCCUUUAUAGCUUGGAAAGCCCGGGAUUCCAGCGCGCUUAUCGAAAUGAUGGUUAUGCAGUUUGUGGAACUCGAUUCGAUAUGGCAGACCGUGAAGGAUAGUACGGACCCUGCCGUCACAGAUUCGUACCGCGAGGGGAUCCGAGAGAAUCAGCUUAAGCUCAUGCUUAGGAUUAAGAAGCUUGCUGGUCCCGUGCAGGGGAAGAAGCUCAUUACCAAUGCCAUUAGAGAAGCACGUAAAACACGUUCUACAAAGCCACCCACUGGAGAUUCUCGCCCUCGAGCUGCAGAGUCUGUUACCCCUGGUACGCCUGGUACGCCCGUCCUUGGGGAUCUAUCUGCUUCGGAGAAGUCGGUGACAAACCAUCUACAAACCCUCACACCGCCGCCCACACCCCAGAGGGAUAUAUACCGGCAAGAAAGGUCAGAUGUUGACGCUCUUAGGAGCGCCACCACCCUUCUUCCUGAUAAUCGAAUUAUCGCCCAUGAGAUUGCCAUCAAUCGAGAAUACCGCAUCGGUGAAGAUGCCCUUGAGAAUAGGGACUCGUUUAUGCAGGUGGUGUUCGACACUAUGCGUCGAGAUCUCGCACAUGGGAAUAGUGAGCCCUGGGUCCUUGCAAUGGCCGAGAACAUCAAAGGAAAGGUCCUUCGACUUCUCAAACCGGGGAAUUCGAUGUACAUUCUAAUCAGCGAGGCUCUCGACAACGAUGUGGUUGCCCGAGAACUACGAUCUGGUUCCUUCUCCUACGAGAAGUUCUUUUCCUUCAUGGCAUCAAUAAUUCCUCGCCUCUGCGCCCCGUUCAGGGACGCCGAGAUGAAAGAAUUGGUCGAGACCAAGAUGCAGACUGGCCAUGUAGUAGAUCGUUUACAGGCGCUUAUGCACGCUACCGAUCUGAUGCAAAUCGAUUUUGCAAAUUUCAUGCUUCAGCAAGCCGCCCCUGAACUCAUAAAGCACGCUGCUGCAUACGAGACAACACGCUUCGGAGAGAUCAUGGAGGCAACGUCUGACAAUCUUUCGGCUACAGAGCGAGCAUGGGGAGAAGCUCGAUCGAAAGUCCUGGCAGAGGCAGCCAAACGGGAUCCAGAGAACAUACAAUUGCCGAGGAAUCGACCGACCCCAGAUAAGAUUUACGCACAAAUGCUCGUCGAUGUCUUUACCUCGUUAGACUCGUCAGUCCCCAUUCCUGAGACCCUCCAUAUGGACUCUAAGCGCAUCUCCCGCAUCCGUCUUGACGUCCUACGUAUCGUCACAACCGGCGCCAUCCUGUUGCAAUGCAAGAACAUGCUCAAACGCGAUGUCCGCAGCCAGUGGAAGACAGAGGCCACACGUGUUUAUUCGGUGCUAGAGAACGCCAAAACGGUCGAAUCCGCAAGCCAGGGCAUCCAAGCCGCUCUCGAAUCCUCGCGGAGCAUGCCUGCUGCAACAAAAUCACACAUCCGCGAGCUCGUCACCCGAAUCAUCUCCUCUUCCUCCUCCCUAUCUAUCUCCACCAUAUCCCCUUCAGCAAACUCGCCCCCAGCCCCUACCGCACAGCUAAGAGACCCAGUUAUGCGACUCCUCCUAACUCGUCUAAGGACCCACAUUCUCAACCGCCUCGCGGCUAACACGGAGAAAGAAAAAGUCAAGAGUGCGAGUACGGCGACUGAGAGCCUUGCUACGCUGGGGCUACCGGAGUUUGUGCGGAAGGUUGGUGGUAUCGUGGAGGAGAUUGGUGGGGUUGGACAGUUGGAUAGGCAGGCGCACGGGACAUGGUACGAGGAGGUUGACCAUAAGUUCUCCCAGGAGGGUAAUGCUGCUACGGCUAGUGGGGACGCGGGGCCGGUAUCUGUGGAGGCAUGA